CAUAUCAAAUGACAUAACACGGAGGGGAUGAGCCAGAGACCGUUCCGAAGGUCUCGCGAGGAAAAACGCAUGUCCUCCGCAUGUUUGCGUAAGGACGUUUUGGGUUUUGGGCUUUGGUUUGUUCUCGUUUUCGGUGCUCGCGAAUGAUUUCGACGGAAAGUGCUGAAAAUUGUUUCGUUUGGUUGUUGGUUUUCUUUUCGGUAAUUUCGCAUCGCCCAACAGCCGAGUGUGAGUGAGAAAAAAAAACGAGCCACAGCUGUCCAAAGGGAAAGUGGAAAGAAAGGCAAGCAAUAAAAAACCCAAUUAGUGUGUUUAUGUGUAUGUGUGUGUGUGUUUGUAGUAUCGUCCUGUGACUGUUGCAAACAGAUAAGUCACCCCUCCCCCACUUGAAGGAAAGGGGUAAACCACGAAUGUUUUCCAGCUGGAACUGAACGGUGUUUACGGUGUCUGGUGUCGGCCAACCCGUACAAGGCGCGAAUGGUACCGGUGAGCCGCCUCGUACCGUGACAGCACCGGGUCCAGGUGUGCAAGGGGAAACGCAGGAAAGUGACUUUCCCAGUACUCGUACUGUCGCGCGCGUGUUUGUGUGUGUGUGUGUGUGUGUGUGUGAGUGUGUGAGUGUGUCCCUCCGAUCGAGUUUCCGGUGUGAACUUUAAUUAGAACAUUUCGGGGAAAAAGACAGGUGAACGGCAAAUCAAAAAGAACCCCUCGAGGCGAGUACACGAGUGUCUUUGCUGUGUGUGUGUGUGUAUGUGUGUUUGUGUGAGUUGGACUUGUAUCGUCCCUCCCGGGAACCCUCGCUGUGCAUCUAUGUGUCGUGUCGCCCCCGUUUUGGUAUGAUUUGUGGUGUGUUUCGUAAAAUGUUACCACCGGCCAAGCAGCAGCAGCAGCAGCAGGAGGAGAAGGUGAAAGAGCAGCACUUUUGACGGUGAAUCAUAGUGAUAGAAGACAAGAUUGCAAAAAGAAACCCUUUCUAGAGAGCCGGGUGCUUAGGUGGACCAUCUUGGUGGUAGACAAGUGCAUCCCGCCGACCGACACUCACACACAAACGUGCUACAACCUGCAAUCUGGGACUGACGGAGCAAGAGAGAAGCGAAGCGAGCACAUGAACCGAUAGCGACGACAGUGUUUUAUCAAGGCACGGCCACUCUAACGUAGGCACACACACCGAGACACGUACGGGAGUGAUAAGCGGCGCGGUGCGGCCGACAGAGACGGAAACCAUCUUUCGAGCCCUUUCCUCCUUCCUUUUAAUCUACGACCCAUCCUACGACAUACGAAAAGGGUGAUGUGGAGCAGCGCGUGGCGUUCGAUCGGCCACCUGACCUGACACACAAACACACCCACGCUGACUUCGUUUGGUGGCGUUUGGAGGCUACGCGAGCGCACUACUCAACACACUCCGGUGGCCACACUCUCUCACUCUGUGUGCUGUGUGCUGCGCUGCAUGUGUGUGUUUGUAUCUCUCUCCAUCCUUCAUCCUUCAUCAUCAGGCGCGUUUUUGGGAAGGUUCCCGGGAGAAAGAAGAACUACUUCCGUUGCUCGGUGUGCUGUAAAGUAUACGUGUGACUGUCCCAACCUUCCUUACUCGUUACUCCCACCUCCUCCCUCGGUUUACUAAUUUUGAGUCCACCAAACCAUCCCACCCCCUCCCUCUGGGACGAUGUCGUACACCGAGCUGGAGAGCGGCUACCAGGGCCUGAAGCAGGCGUCCUCCUCCGCCACCGGCGACGGGCUCGGUGGUGGCGCUGGUGCCCUGCAAACGCCGUCCGGUCGGCCAGGAUUCUACGUCGGCGAUGAGGGUGAUCUCGAUCCGACCGAUGGCCUCGACUCGGACGAUUCGUCCACCUCGGGCAAGCAGGUGGUGGUGGCGGUCUGCGCGAUGUCGAAAAAGUCGCAGUCGAAACCGAUGAAGGAGAUCCUGACCCGGCUGCAGGAGUUCGAGUACAUCCGGAUGGUGGUGAUCGGGGAGGAGAUCAUACUGAACGAGCCGGUCGACCGGUGGCCGCUGUGCGACUGUCUCAUCUCGUUCCACUCGAAGGGCUUCCCGCUCGAGAAGGCGAUCCAGUACGCCCAGCUGCGGCAGCCGUACGUCAUCAACAAUCUGCACAUGCAGUUCGACAUCCAGGAUCGCAGACGUGUGUACGCCAUUCUCCAGCAGGAAGGUAUUGAAAUACCGCGCUACGCUGUGCUGGACCGUGACUCACCGGACCCGAAGCAGCACGAGCUGGUCGAGUCGGAGGACCACGUGGAGGUGAACGGAAUCGUCUUUAACAAACCGUUCGUGGAGAAGCCGGUCUCGGCCGAAGACCACAACAUCUACAUCUACUACCCGACGUCGGCGGGCGGCGGCAGCCAGCGGCUGUUUCGCAAGAUCGGCAGCCGUAGUAGCGUGUACUCGCCCGAGUCGCGCGUCCGCAAGACCGGCUCGUUCAUCUACGAAGACUUCAUGCCGACGGACGGCACGGACGUGAAGGUGUACACGGUCGGGCCGGACUACGCCCAUGCCGAGGCGCGCAAGAGCCCCGCGCUGGACGGCAAGGUCGAGCGGGACAGCGACGGCAAGGAGAUCCGCUACCCGGUCAUCCUGAGCAACGCGGAAAAGCUGAUCUCGCGUAAGGUGUGCCUCGCGUUCAAGCAGACCGUGUGCGGGUUCGAUCUGCUGCGCGCGAACGGCAAAUCGUUCGUGUGCGACGUGAACGGGUUCAGCUUCGUGAAGAACUCGAACAAGUACUACGACGACUGCGCCAAGAUACUCGGCAACAUGAUUCUGCGCGAGCUGGCGCCCCAGCUGCACAUACCGUGGUCGGUGCCGUUCCAGCUGGACGAUCCGCCGAUCGUGCCGACCACGUUCGGCAAGAUGAUGGAGCUGCGGUGCGUGACCGCGGUCAUCCGGCACGGCGACCGGACGCCGAAGCAGAAGAUGAAGGUCGAGGUGCGGCACCAGAAGUUUUUCGAGAUUUUCGAAAAGUACGACGGCUACCGGUACGGGCACAUCAAGCUGAAGCGGCCGAAGCAGCUGCAGGAGAUACUGGACAUUGCCCGGUCGCUGCUCGCCGAGAUACAGACGAAGGCGGCCGACUCCGAGAUCGAGGAGAAGCAGAGCAAGCUGGAGCAGCUGAAGAGCGUGCUGGAGAUGUACGGCCAUUUUUCGGGCAUCAACCGGAAGGUGCAGAUGAAAUAUCAACCCAAGGGCCGACCGAGAGGAUCAAGCUCAGACGAUGGUAAACAAGAUUGCAGUACGUUUGUUUUUGUGUCCGACGCACCGAAGGAACCGUCGCUGGUGCUGAUUCUCAAAUGGGGCGGCGAGCUGACGCCUGCCGGCCGCAUACAGGCGGAAGAGCUCGGGCGCAUCUUUCGCUGCAUGUACCCGGGCGGCCAGAGCCGACAGCCGGGCGUGGGCGAAGGUCCAGGCGCCCAAGGGCUCGGCCUGCUGCGGCUGCACUCCACCUUUCGGCACGAUCUGAAAAUCUACGCCUCGGACGAGGGCCGGGUCCAGAUGACGGCGGCCGCGUUUGCCAAGGGUUUGCUGGCGCUCGAGGGCGAGCUGACCCCGAUCCUGGUGCAGAUGGUGAAGAGCGCCAACACGAACGGUCUGCUCGACAACGACUGCGACUCGAGCAAGUACCAGAACAUGGCCAAGUCGCGCCUGCACGAGCUGAUGCAGAUCGAUCGGGAGUUCACGGCUGAGGACCGGGACGCGAUCAACCCGGGCAACGCGAUCAGCAUCAAUCUGGCGAUGAACUUUGUGAAAAACCCGGUCCAGUGCUGCGCCCAGGUGCACUCGCUGAUUCGCUCGCUGAUGGCGGUCGUUGCGGUGAAGCGGGACGAUCCGAAAACGCGCGACGCCGUGCUGUACCACGGCGAAACGUGGGAGCUGAUGGGGCGCCGCUGGGGCAAGAUCGAGAAGGACUUUUGCACGAAGAACAAAAACUACGACAUCUCGAAGAUACCGGACAUUUACGACUGCAUCAAGUACGACCUGCAGCACAACCAGCACACGCUCCAGUUCGACCUGGCGGAGGAGCUGUACAUCUCGGCGAAGUAUCUCGCGGACAUCGUGAUCCCGCAGGAGUACGGGCUGACCAUGCACGAGAAGCUGACGAUCGGGCAGGGCAUCUGCACGCCGCUGCUGAAGAAGAUACGGGCCGACCUGCAACGCAACAUCGAGGAGCUCGGUGGGGAGGAGAGCGUCAACCGGCUGAACCCGCGCUACAGCCACGGCGUGUCGAGCCCGGGCCGGCACGUACGCACACGCCUCUACUUCACCAGCGAGAGCCACGUGCAUUCGCUGCUGACCGUGCUGCGGCACGGCGGGCUGCUGAACGUGCUGACCGACGAGCAGUGGCGCCGGGCGAUGGACUACGUGUCGAUGGUGUCCGAGCUGAACUACAUGUCGCAGAUCGUGAUCAUGCUGUACGAGGACCCGAUGAAGGAUCCCAGCUCGGAGGAGCGGUUCCACGUCGAGCUGCACUUUAGCCCGGGCGUGAACUGCUGCGUGCAGAAAAAUCUGCCCCCGGGUCCUGGCUUCAGGCCGCACAGUCGCAACGAUUCGGUGACAUCGAAAAAUGCGAGUGGAGAUGAAGACACAACGUCCCGUAUCGAUGAGGAAAAUGACACGGAAGAAGAAAGCUCCUUUUCGAACAACUCUUCGCUGCACCAUACGCCUUCGAAGACGCUGCCUCGCACCGAUGCGGAUUUUGGCAACAUCGUGGCCAGCGCUGGCUCGGCAAACGUGAAGGAGCGACGGGUGAAGAAGAUGAAAUCAUCCUCCCCGAUACCGAUCGGCUCCUGUCACACCGUGUCCGGGCACGAGGCGAUGGAUUUGGCGAAGCGGCUCAGCGAAGAGCUCGCCGUCCAGCAGCAGCACCAGCUACAGCAACAGCAGCAUCAGCUGCAGCAGCAGCAGCAUCCGUACCAUCAUCAUCAUCACCAGCAGCAGCAGAAACAUCUGUACCAGCAGCACCACCACCAUCUGACUGGUUCGUUCGGGUGCGGUGGCAACGCGAAAGACAUCACGCGCCCGCUCAGCCCGGACAGUGAGCCGCGGGCCCGAUCGUUCGAGCACCAGCAGCAGCACCACCAUCAUGGCCACCAGCACCAUCACCAUCAUGGCAAAAUGCAUCACCACCGUUCGAAAGGUGGAAAGGGUGCGCUCACGAUGAACACGUUACGUGCGGCGGCAGAACGUUGCCAGUAUGCUAAGAUGGAGUCGGUUAAGGAUUUACUCGAGGCGACAGAUCUCGCCCUAGACUUUGUCCUGAACGACGAGGAACGUUGCGUCGGGUGCGAGUGUUCCGCACUGCAGGCACAGGCAUGCUUCGCCCCAGCCUUGCCGACCUGCUCGUCGUUGUCAGCUUUGCCGACCGGAAGGGAAGAGGAGCGCGCAGCUGCAACCGGAGCGGACAGCGAUGUGCCCGACAUUCACCCGGAACCGCCGCCGGCCAGCGCUGUACGGCCGAGCCUGUACAUUGGUCCGCCCGAAUUGUCCUACAGCUGCGAUUCGAUCAGCGAGUUCACCCCGAACCUAGACGACCAGGAGCUGUACGUGUCGUCGUUCUCAGAGUCGGAGGACGAACAGCAGCGAGAGGAUGCAGACGAUGCGGCGAGCGGCUCGGACCAGUCCCGCUACUACAGUGCGCUCGGACAGCACGACGACUGUAGCGGCACCUACCUUCGGCGCUCCCUGUCGUACACCUUCUCGAACGAUCCCGGCCGCUACCAUCCGGGAGGGACGGCAGACGAGCAAGCAGCAAAGCAUCGCGCUCGUCGGACGCUGAUGGCGCGCAGCGCGGACGAGCUGUCAGUAGCCGAUCGGCAGCGACACGGUGACUGCGGCACGGCAGCAGCCGGCUGCUGCUGCCCCGUCUGCUGGCUGGCGGUACCGGCGGACGACAGCAUGCACCGUCGCAGCCGCUCGUUGAGCCCACCGUGCGUGCGCCGCCUGCGCAGCAACACUACCGCUGGCGUGUCGCCCGCACUGCUGCAGGUACCGCCCGCAACGGACGAUGGGCCGACGUCGGUGCGGCUGGUGCGCUAUCCGGUGCGUGCGAUGGCACGCUUCGCCAGCGAUCCCUCCCUACCGCUCGGGCGUGGCUGGGCCGAGGCGGCCCACGCUCCCUCGGACCGGGCGAAAGCGCUACGAUCGCUGACGGGGGCAACCUGGCCGUGGGCCGACCAGCGGAACCAGCCGGUGCUGGUGACGCUUACCACGCCGCCGCCGGACGAGGACGAGGACGGUGAGCAACCGCUGCUCCGGCUGCUCCAGGCCGCCGCCGAUGGUGAUGGCGGCGCGGUAUCGGGAGCCCAGCAGCAUCACCCUUCCGGCACCUGUAACGAUGGCAACGACGGGCACGUCGCGUCAGCAAACUCCUCCUCCCCGUCCCUUGCACACAUCUCUUCGCCAUCAUCCGGUCGCGAUGUUCCGCAACCCGGGCCGAUCACCAUUCUCAGCAAAGUGGCCCCGGUCGUUACUUCCCCUUCUUUCCCUCCCACUGCUGUGCUUUCGUCUUUCUCCGUCUCCAUUACCUCCUCCACUUCCACCACCAACACCAACAACAACACCACCAUCUGUCUGCUACCAUCUGCUGACACAAGUAAUUUCUCUUCGACUUGUUCUUCCCAUGUGCACACAACCACCAACACCGCCGACACCACACCUGCCGUCACCGCCACGUCCGCUCUGAUCGGUCCGCUGUUUUCCACCACCAAUCGCAACCCCACCCUCUCCUCCGCCCGCUCGCCGACCCCCAAACCUGUGCUGGUCAAAUCGUACACCAUAGACGGGUGCGGCAGCAGCAGUGGUGAUGGGCUGCUCGGCUACCCGAUGACGACGACGACGGCGUCGGCAACGGACGAGUCAGCAGCAGCGGCAGCCGGACCCACCGACGGUGGCGCCGACACUGGCCUCGCCACCAGCACCACCACCCUCGCCGGCGGUGGUGGUGGCUGCCCGCCGUGCUGCUGCGGCACCGGGGGCACCGUGCGAUACCCCGGCUCGUCGCACGGGUCGGGCUCGCUAUCGUCCUGCUGCUGCUGCUGCUGCUGCUGCUGCUCGACGCCCUCGUCGUCCGCGGGCGGGCUUGCCGGGGCCGGCACAGGGGCCGGACCGGCCGGCAGUGGUGGUACUGGAUCGAGCGCUGCGACGGUCCGACGCCAGCGGCACAGCAUUGCUGGCCAGAUGAGCUACUUUAAAAUGUUAGGUACGUUCAGCAAGAAGAUGGCGACCAGCACGAACAGCCUGUUCAGUACCGCCGUGAUCAGUGGCAGCUCGUCCGCGCCGAACCUGCGCGACAUGAUACCGAGCACCGCAUCGCCGUCAGGAUUUGGCGGUGUGCCACCGAUUCGCCCAUUGGAAACGCUGCACAAUGCGCUUUCACUCAAGCAACUGGACGCGUUCCUGGAGCGCAUGACGAUCGGACCGCUGUUCAAGACGCCGGCAUCGUCGCCGCCCCCGAAACAUCCACUGAUUAGUGGCGGCCCGAUCGCCCUCAAGGGUAGCCUGUCGGUCGUGAGCCACGACAGCAUCGGCGAAGGCAUCGGCAGCGGUAGUGGCAGCAUGCAGCCACCAUCGUCCAUUGUUGCCGCCACCACGCUUGGUAGUGGCACCAAGACGGCAGAAGAACGCACCGCUGCAUCGCGGGCAGGCACACGCAACGCUGGUGCGGCAGUUGGCAGUACAACGGUGGCCGCAGGAAUGCCCGGACCCAACGGCAACAGCACACCGGCGAACGGUGGCGCGCAGCAGAGUUGGAGCGAUCAUUCGAGCAGUAUGACCAGCAGCAUCAGUGCGCUGUCGAGCGGUGGCCCAUCCUCACCAAACUAUUCGGAGGUAUAUUCGCGUGGCUGCCCAAGCAGUGACAUGUCCGCUAGCAUUACCAGCAGCACUGAUGGCAGUCUGGCGGCAAUUGCAAGCGGCCCCGGUGAACAGCUGGUAGCACUGCCGCACCUCUUCAGCGCCAGUGCCCAAAUAUCUUCCCCGAAGCAUCCGGGCUCGGUAGAGCUGAACAAGGGUGGCGAGGACCCGGAAGCACCAAGACAGCUAGACGAACCCCCGGGCGCCACCGGUCUGCUACUCGAUGAUGGCACUCGACGUCGUGGCUCCGCGAUGGAUGUCAGCACUGGCGAUCUCACGCCGGUGAGCGCUUGCUCCGACUGGGGAGACAGCAACACGAACGACGCGACGAAAGGAUCGAUCACCAACUACGAUCUGACCACGGCAAACACGACGGAGGAGGAGGAUGAAGAUGCCACCAUUUCCACCGACACGUGUCUGAGUGUGGGCGAACAGCAACACCACCAGCAAUGCUGUCUAAUGCCCUGCACGGGCAUGGACGCUCCUUUCGCUUCCUCCAGCAGCAUCAAGGAGGGGAGUGGAAUGGUAAGCGUAAACAGCAGUGCGGUCGGGAAGAAGGUUUCGCCGUUCCGGGGAGCCUUGCCGUUCGACGAGCCGCUAAAUCCGGCUGACGGUGGGAGUGACCCGCACGAACUCGACACUUCCAAAUCAGAAAACCGUGUCGUGCGCGGUUUCCGCAUCCAACGUCAAAUUAGUCUGUACGAAAAUCAAAAAGAGGAGGGUAAAAGCGUGUCACAGCAACAGGUCCACGAUUGGUGCGGCGGUGGGGGUAGCAAAUCGGAACUCCCUGCAAGCGGUAGGCAGCAGCAGCAACAGCCUCUGUCCCGGCUGCAUAUGUCCUUUGACGAGCUGACACAUAGCGAUCGCAACACGACUCCAGCUGGCCGCCUGGCACAGUCAUCAAUUACGUCAUCUGCAGCAGCAGCAGCACCACCACCACCACCAAUUCCACACACUCCCGGUGCACUUGUCAUACGGGAAGGCUUUAUAGAGCCGCCGAGGCUGACGCGUGUUACCAAGAGCUUUCACGGCAAAACCAACCAUCAACGGUUCGGUGUCGAGGAGCAGAAGCAUGGGUCAGAAUCGACACCGGAUGGAGGAUACCGGCGAGCCAGCGAUGGUCCGGUGGCGACGACGGGCACAGCACGAUACAGCAAAACCACACUUCGCCCGCAACAUUCCAGUGCUGCCGGUGUGAGCAGCCGGUUUACCACGUCGAUCGUGCAGGAACCGGAACAGUUGAGGGCCACGGAACCGGACACGGAACCUUCCGCUGCUUCUUCGAAGACGAAAUGAGGGAUGCAAAAGGGAGAGAGAGAGAUAGAGAGAGAGAAGAAAGAGAGAGAGGAAGAAAGAGGCCUUAAAGAGAAACAGAUUUACGAACGGUGUGUAGAUCCCGCGGUGGCUAUGUCCAUACAUUUGGGGUGGUGCUUUUUAACAGGGGUCUUCAAAUUACGGUCCGCGGGUUGCAUGCGGCCAUCAAGAGCCUAUAAGGCGGCCCGCGAUGACUUUGCAAAAGUUAAAUGAAAUAGUUUUUUUUUCGAUUAAUUAUUCAAGAUUUAAAUAUUUGCUUUUGAAAGACGAACUUCACGAUUCAAUAAAAGAAAGUUUAAUAUAUUCAGUUAGUAUCUGCUAAUCAAAUCGAGAUUUGAACUUUCACCCAUUCUAAAGGUAACGUUAAAAUGGCUUUCAACAAAGUUAUUUGUGAGGCAAUGCCGUCCGCGAACUUAACAGUUUGGAGUCCCCUGCACUGUAGGAUUAGAGAAAUAUUUGCAACACAAUAACAUAAACACAUACUUUUUGCAACUAUUGGAAUUAUUGCAGCAAUAAAAACAGAUACAAAUAAAACUAUUUGUUUACGAAUAUGUCAAAA